GAAAGUAUUUAAUUGAUUAAAUUUCAAUUUACGACAAAAGUUUAAUAAAAAAAUAAAAAAUUUGUUUAUUUUAUUUUCAUUUGCAUUAGUUUUCAUAUUUCAUUUCGUUUGACCAAUUGUAAUGGCAAGAGAAACAGGUGAUAUUACUUUGGAAAACUUACUUAGCUUAGCUUUGGGAACACCAGAAAUAGGAGCAGUAAAUUUUAACUAUCUGUUUGAUGUUAUUCUACAAAUAUUAAAACAUUUAGGAAUUUCGGAAAAAAUCUUGAACAGAGAAUCUCCGAUUGAGAAAGCUGCAAAACUAUCAAGUAAUAAAAUACUUAGUAAUCCAUCUCCUAAAGACCAAUCAGUUGACUUUGCUGCUGUUCCUAGUGACGCACCGUACGUGGUCUUGGACAAAGUUACAUCAGAAGAGGAGAAAGCGGGUUCAACACUAUCUUUAAGUUCUACAUUAGUUGUGUCUCCUAACGCUGGAACUGAAAACCCUAACAUUAACGAAAUGCCUGUAAAUACUAUUCAAAGAUCUCCCAGUCAGAUUCAAUUAACUGAAAAUGAAAAAAACAUAACUGAUUUUAAUAGACUCGAGAGUAAACCCACAAGUAACAUGACACAAAUUUUGUUCAUUAAUAAACGUUUGGAAGCUUCUGAAUCUGCCAUUGAAGAAAUUACUAACAUUGUUGACAAUAUUCGUUCAGAUAUUGAAGAUUUAAAAAACGUUCCCAUUGCUCGAAACAGUUUACUAAAAAUAAGCGCAUCGAAUAAUAAAACAAGUUCAGCUGAAGAAACAAAAGACGCCUUGUUUGAAUUUGUUAGAAUUCUUAAUGAAAAACUUGUAGAUCUUGAAUUAAAGUUUUCAAUGCUUCAAGCCAAAGAUAAACUUCAAUCUUUACAUACUUUGGAUUCGGAUUCUUCUAAAACAGUUUCUAGAAUUAAAGAAAGUUCUGAAUUAAUAAACCGAAAUGACGAAGAGAAAAUAAAAGAAAAAAACGAAAACAGCUUGACAUUAGAUAAAAUAAAUCAGUCAGAAGAUAAACAUUACGUAGAUGUGAAAAGCGUAAAAACAUCAAACACACUUAUUUCGAGUUCAGAAUUGUCUAAAAAAGGAGAUCUUUCAGAAGAAAAUCUAUCAUUAGUAAAAGCGAUGAUAGAUCAACUGGAAACUACUUUGACAACUAAGCUAGAUAAGCAAUUGUUUGUUGAUUUGGAAGCUGGGCACAAGCAAAUAAGUGAAUCUUAUCAAAUGUUCAUGGAGAAAUUUAAAGAUUUCCAGCAACAGUUAAAUUUGCUCGAAAAAAAUUACAGUUCAAUAAAUGGAGAUUUAGGAGUUCUAUUGCUGAAACAAGAAGAGUCGGAAGCAAUAAAUAAAAAUUUAAACAAUCUUGUUCAAAAACUUGAACAUAAUUUUGAAGAUAUUGAAGAAAACAUGAAAAAAAAUCGAGCCGAGCCGUUUAAAAUGCAGUCCAAACCAAACUCUAUUGACGAAGGGUUUGUUACGAAAAUUAGAGGUUCAAUUUUUGAUAUGCAAGAUCAACAAUCAAAACUUCAGCACCAAAUUGAUACGAUCACUAAUAAAUUAAACGAUACCAAUACAAAGAUUUAUGAUGAUCAAAUGCAAAUUGAGAGUUUAAAGGAAAAUAAAAUUGACAAAAGAGGUAUUGAAAUCUUAUUAGAAAAAAAGGCAGACAUUCAACUUCUUGAAAGCAAAAUUGAUCGUAAUCAGUUUAAUGCGUUUGCUCAUGAGAUGGAGCGCAACUUUCAGAGUGUUGUUCAAAAAGUAGACGAAGCCGAAAUAACUACUAACAAAACCAAUCUUGAAUUGCGAGAUUCUAUAGAUACAAAAAUGAAUAAAGAAGAACUUUCAGAACUUCGAAAUUACAUAGAUUCAAGGUUUAGCUCAUUCAAACCAAAGAUUAUUCAAAUUAAAGAUGCGCAAGACGGAGCUGCAGGAAGUAGAAAGCAGUUGAUAAAGAACUGUAAUUGCAUAUCUUGUGAUAGACCAGUUGCUGUACAACAUGUUCACCCUGGUGCAACAUUGCCAUACUAUGAACCCCUUCCAGUCACAAAAUCUUUACAUCCUGUAACACCAUUUGAAUUGCAAACUAUUCGACAGCAGGCUCAACACACAGGAGUGCAUGGAAAUAAUGUUAGGAUAGAAAUAUCAAAAGAAAGGAGCAGAUUACAAAAAGAACUAUUACAAUUAUGCGGUGUUAAAGAUUUGGAGGAACUUUCUUUCCAAACUAACCGUGCAUGCGGAGGCGCUCAUACAUUGAUUGAGCAGCAUAAAAGAAACCCAAGUAAAAACCAAACAUAUUUCAAAGACGAAGGAGAUCAAUUUCAGAAAGAAGAUAAAGUAAUAGACGUUCUUGGUCGCGACGGACACAUUUACAAAGGAAAUUUGCAAACACCACUACCAGCUAUACCUAGAUCACCACUUACAUUAGAAACCGAUACAGUUGAACUAACCGAUGAGAACAACGAGAGCGUUCUAUCACAAUUAUCUAAUCAUUGGAAAGUAAAUUUGAAUGCAACAGCUUGAUAUAAAACUGUUUAUUUAAAUUUUAAC